GUGUGCCAGGCUAUCUUCUAAACAUUUUAAGAGGGUGAGCGCAUUUAAGGCGCCACUCCCGGGAUCAUUUUACGGAUAGUGAAGCAGGUUCCGAGAGGCCAAGCUCUGAGCCCAGGGGGAGAUCACGCAGGGAAUCCCGCGUUUCACCGCUGUGCUGCUCAGCGCCCUGGACUGGGCACAGCGGUCUCGGGUAUCCAGGGCUCCGCGAGGGCGCCCCUGCCCCGCCCCACCCGGGGUCCGCGCGCGUCAGCGGCUCGGUGAGGGAGCACCCGGAACCGGUCCGAGAGGAGCGCGGCGGCGGCGGCGGCCCGUGGCGAAAGUGCGGCUGCGGAAGCGCGGCGAGGCUGGCGGCGCGAAGGAGGAAGUCCGGGGAGGCGCGGGAGCUGGGGGUCUGCGGCGCCGAGCGGACGCCAUGGGCCGCCUGCACUGCACGCAGGACCCCGUUCCCGAGGCCGUGGGCGGCGACAUGCAGCAGCUGAACCAGCUGGGCGCGCAGAAGUUCUCAGCCCUGACAGAAGUACUCUUCCACUUCCUAACUGAGCCAAAAGAGGUGGAAAGGUUUCUGGCUCAGCUCUCUGAAUUUGCCACCACCAACCAGAUCAGUCUCGGCCCCCUCAGAGGCAUCGUGAAGAGCCUCCUCCUGGUUCCACAUGGUGCCUUGAAGAAGAGUCUCACAGCUGAGCAGGUCCGGGCUGAUUUCAUAACUCUGGGUCUCAGUGAGGAGAAAGCCACUUACUUUUCUGAAAAGUGGAAACAGAAUGCCCCCACCCUUGCUCAAUGGGCCAUAGGUCAGACUCUGAUGAUUAACCAGCUUAUAGAUAUGGAGUGGACAUUUGGAGUGACGUCUGGGAGCAGCGAACUGGAAAAAGUGGGAAGUAUUUUUUUACAAUUAAAGUUGGUGGUUAAGAAAGGAAAUCACACUGAAAAUUUAUACAUAGAAUUAACCUUGCCUCAGUUCUACAGCUUCCUGCACGAGAUGGAGCGAGUCAGAACCAGCAUGGAGUGUUUCAGCUGAUUUCUGUCCCCCUGCAUCUCCACCUCGCCCCCUCCCUGCCCCCUCCUCCUCCCCGGUGACUGCUCCGAGAGGCCUCUCGCUCCCAGGCCUGUGGCCGCUUCUUUGGGCCUGCUUGCCUCUUCGGAGCCCAGGUGCAAAGGUUUCUGAAAAACAAAGGAUUAAGUACUUAAGGAGCCUGACAGGCUGGUCCUGAAGAGUCUUUGUUGAGGGACCCUCCACGACCUAUCUCCCAGGUCACCGUUUAGAUAUUCAGAGAAGCAAUUGCAUCUCAGAUGCAGGGGAGGAAAUAAGUUGAGUCACCUCCCUUUCAAAGUUCCAGAGUAAACAAAUGGUCUAUCGCUCAAGAUACGCACUGAUGACCUUCCCCGCAAAAGAACAAGGGCUUAUUUAUGGCUGAGGAAGAGGUGGACUCCGUGAAUGACACACGGGGGAGCCCCCAGCGGAGUUUGUAUGUUUGUAGUGGUGGUGCUUUGCUGAUCAGUCUUUAGUGGACACCUGUGUAAGAAUACAUGCUGGGUCUGCUCUGAAAUAAACUGAGACUUCACUUCAGGUUUUGCCCUGUUGUGUGUAAUGAGGUGGGCUUUUUGAGGCAAUUUCAGCUUGUUUUGCUUCAAGCUGACCUUCUCUGGUGGUUAGAAGAAGAAUAAAAAAGGUUCUGAAGAA